AUGGCAGAGGAAGGCCAGCAGCCUCGCAUCCACGUCGCUGCCUCUGAGGCACGCCGGCUUGUGCAAGAUAUUCUUCAAGGAAACGGCGUGUCCGCGGAAAAUGCGUCCAUUGUCGCCCGCUGCCUCGUCGCCGCCGACCUUCGCGGUGUCGACACCCACGGCAUGAACCGCAUCCCCUCUUACAUGGAGCGCGUCCGGCAGGGCGCCCUCGCCGCCGGCGCCAACCCGUCCGUCACGCAAGUCACUCCAGUGGUGGCGCACGUGGACGGACACAACGGAUUCAGCUUCGUCGCCGCUCACGCCGGCAUGGAGGCUGCAAUCGCCGCGGCUCGCACAUACGGCAUCGGGCUCGCAAGCGUCAAGCACUCGAACCACUUCGGCAUGAGCGCGUGGGCCGUCCAACAGGCGCUCGAUGCAGACAUGAUGAGCCUCGUCUUUACCAACUCGAGCCCGGCGCUACCCGCAUAUGGUGGCAAGAGCAAGCUGAUUGGCGUUUCACCCAUUGCCUGCGGCGCUCCGGGUAAGGGACCCAUGAAAGACUUCAUUCUCGAUAUGGCGCCGUCGGUGGCGGCCCGCGGAAAGAUCUACAAGGCCAAGCGUCGAGGCGAGAAGAUACCGCUUGGCUGGGCGCUUGAUGCUGAAGGCCGUCCGACAGAAGACCCGGAGGCAGCGCUGGGUGGUGUGAUGCUACCCAUGGGAGGGCCAAAGGGUUCCGCGUUGUCCAUCAUGAUGGACGUCUUCUCAGGGGUCCUGUCGGGCUCUGCUUUCGCGGGCCACGUCACGGGUCCCUACGACCCAUCGCGGCCGGCAGACGUCGGCCACUUUCUCGUCGUUAUCAAGCCGGACUUGUUCAUGGACCUCGACGAGUUCCGCGAGCGGAUGCAGUAUCUGUACGACAGGGUCGUGGGAUCGGAAAAGGCGGCGGGCGUCGAGCGGAUCUAUUUUCCCGGAGAGAUUGAGCAGCUGACCCAGCAGGAGCGGGAGAAGACGGGUAUCCCGCUCGUCCAAGCCGAGAUUGACGCUCUGAACGAAGAGGCGGAGAGGGUGUCGGUGAGAAAGCUCGAGACGCUGGCGUAG